AUGCCAACAGUAACACCAGUUGCAACAACAGAGACAUUAGGGCCAGAGAAUAUAGAUGUUGGUAAAAUUACAGCAAAAGAAGAAAAAGAAAGAGGUAUAUUAAGAUUUGAAGUUAUUACAAACGAUAGUACAUCAAAGAAUUUAGAACUAUUAAUAAAUUUAAAAAAUGUAUUUUCGAAACAAUUACCAAAGAUGCCUAGAGAGUAUAUAGUCAGAUUGAUGUUUGAUAGAUUCCAUGAAUCGCUACUUAUCAUAAAGAAUAAUAAUGUUAUUGGUGGUAUUUGUUUCAGGCCUUUCAGAGAUCAAGGGUUUAUAGAAAUUGCAUUUUGUGCUAUUACAUCAAGCGAGCAAGUUAAAGGUUAUGGUUCAUUUUUAAUGACUCAUUUAAAAGAAUAUAAUAGAAAGACUGGUAUUUAUCACUUUUUAACUUUUGCUGAUAAUUUUGCCAUCGAAUACUUUCAAAAGCAAGGUUUUACUCACGAAAUUACUUUGGCCAAAGAGAAAUGGAAGGGUUUUAUUCAAGAAUACGAUGGUGGUUCGUUAAUGGAGUGUGUAGUUCAUCCAAAUGUAACAUAUUUAGAUAUACCAUCAAUGGUGCGUAGACAAAGAGAUGUUUUAAAUGCUAAAAUUAGAGAGAUUAGUACCUCCCAUUUGGUUAAUCCUGGUUUAAAAUUCUUCAAAAAUGGUGAACGCCGUAUAGCCAUCGAAAGCAUUAGAGGCAUCAAAGAAUCAGGUUGGAUUAACAAUGUGGACGAAGCUCAAAUUCAAAAUCUUCAAAUUCAAUUAGGAAAAGCUCUUGUAGAAAUUAAAAAUCACGAAGAUUCAUGGCCAUUUCAAAAAGCAGUCUCAUUAGACGAAGCUCCAAACUAUUACAACGUAGUUAAAGAUCCCGUUGAUUUACAAAUGAUCUCUGAUCGUUUAGCAGCAAAUAAUUAUUAUAUUACAAAGAAUAUAUUUUUGGCCGAUUUAAAAAGAAUGUGCAACAACUGUAGAGAAUUUAAUGGUGAAGGUACAGUAUAUUUUGAAGUUGCUGAUCGUUUAGAAAAAUUUUGUAAAAAUUUAAUAAAUAAUAUAAAAUAA